UAUUUAUUAAGAUUAGCUUAAAUUCAUUUGACAUAGCUCAAUAUCACUAAGGUGACCCAAUUUUGAUCCAAAUUCAUAUGAUGGCUUACUUUCAAAGCCAUGCCUCCACUUUCAUUGCGGGUGGCCAAAUUCUACUUCUAACACUCUAAUACACGAUUCCACAAACAACAACCACUCGCCCCUCCUCCUUAUCAUUUGACAAGCAAUGUUACCGCCUACGACACCCGGUACUACUACCAGCAGUACCACCACUCAUACCAUAAUGCAUUCUACAUCAGCAACGACAACUCCAUCUCAGGUUAAUCCGUCUCAUCCUCCAUUAUCAGUCAACACCACGUGCAAUAAUAACUCUUUUCCAGCAUCAUCAACCCCUUCGUCAUCAUCAUCAGCACCAACCACUGUCCAAAUUCUCGUGGAACCUUCACCGCUACUAUUGACCUCGUCCUCUUCUAAUAACAACUCUGCAUCUCAUCAUCUCGAUCGCUCUACUAUUCCACGCAAUCGUCACCGUCACUACAACCAUAACAACAGCAACAACCCAACAGCAUACCCACUGUCCGACGCAGUAACGCCUCCCAGUCUUAGACCCUAUAGAGUAUAUAGCACACGAGCCAUCGGUCGAAUGGAUAAGCAUCAGCAUCAUGAGUAUCUUCUAGCCAACAAGCGACGCGGAUCCGUUUCGAGUAACAGCGCAUCAUCUUCUACGUCUUCAUCAUCAAAUGCUAUUUAUAACAAAAAACGAGCACGGCUUGAAACGUUCUUACCACCAAAUCACACCAUUUCUACAGCAACAACAACGAGACAAGGACAAUCUGAAGCAUACAUUGAUAAGUACGCCAUACCAUCACCGUCUUAUCCAGUAAAUUUAAAUGACGAUGACGAUGCAGUCAUCGGCACAGCAACAACGGCAGCAACAGGAUCUUCAUCCACUGCAACACCUACAUUAGCAUUAGCAUUAUCAUCAUUAUCAUCAGCUGCAUCAGCUGCUGCAGCAGCGGCAGCAGUAGCGGCCGUACCAGCGACAGCAGCAACAGCAACAUCGAUAUCUUUAGAAGAUUAUGACAUUGACCUUGAUUCCAACAUUGCCGACACAUUGCAUCAAUUACCGAGUAUGGUCCACGCAUAUGGCACGCUUCCACCUGACCUACAAUCAUACAUGUUGUUCCAGCUUCUCAAACGCUCGUCCACCAACACACUGCAGUUUGUCAAUUCCAUUAUUGUUCCCGCGCUUAAGCGAGAUUUCCUUGCAUCGCUUCCGCUUGAAUUGGCGCUUCACGUGAUAAGUUACUUGGAUGUUGUAUCACUCUGUCGUGCUGCAUGUGUCAGUCACAAAUGGCGGUCGAUCAUUGAUUCGGAUAUGGGGACUUGGAAGUGGUUAUUGGACAAGGAAAGCGCCGAGUAUAAUGACCCUUGGCAGGAUGACAAUGAAGAAGAUCAAGAUACCCUGGGUGAUGAAAACGAGGAGGAAGAAGAAGAUGAAGAAACUGUUUCGGCUACGCUAUCCACUGCGUCAAUGUUGGAACAUUCGGAUAUGGAUACGGCAGAAGAUGGCGAGGGAGAAGAAGAAGAGGAUGAUGAUGAUGAUAUUGAUAAAGAGCUAGUAGCUGAUUGUGUACCUCAUCUCCAUCAAGGUGGUGUUCAGUGGCGACAAGCUUGGUAUGGUGCUGGUAUCAAUCAGUACAGUACCAACGCUAUAAAUGGCAGCGAUAAUAACAAUAAUAGCAAUUCCAGUAACUACGAUAUGCAUCGUCAGCAUCAUGGUACUGGCCACAGCAACAACAGCGGCAGCAGAAGCAGCAGCAGCAGAAGCACCAGUAGUAGCACGAGCAGGAUGGAUAUCGACGGCGGUAUCAACGAAACUUUUAAUCGAAAGGGCAAGUUAAAGGCACCGAAUCACCCUUACAAGGAUAUAUACCGUCGGCGUUUCACCAUACGCCAGAACUGGAAGCAUGGACGCGCAGAACGAAUAAGUUUCGAGGGUCAUCCGGGCCACGUAGUCACGUGUCUGGAAAUUGUCGAUGGCGACAAGAUUAUUUCAGGUGCAGACGAUUGUCUGAUCAAUAUCUAUGACAUUGCUACAGGACAGCGGUACCAUUCACUACAAGGUCACGAAGGCGGUGUGUGGGCACUGCAGUAUUACCGGAAUACGCUGGUUAGCGGUUCCACAGAUCGUAGUGUACGCGUAUGGGAUAUCCGGCAAGGCGUGUGCACGCAUGUCUUUCUCGGCCAUACAUCCACCGUUCGAUGUCUGCAAAUCAUCAUACCCACACUCGUCAACGGCAGGAUGGAGCCCAGCGUCCCAUUAAUCGUAACUGGCUCACGCGACUCAACCUUACGUGUAUGGCGACUACCAAACCUCGAUCGUGACGAGCCAUUCAAUGGCGUGGGUGUUAAUCCAUGGUUUAUGCAUACGCUUGCGGGCCACCAUCAUUCGGUACGCGCGCUAGCAGCACACGGAAACCGGCUUGUAAGCGGUAGUUACGACUGUUCGGUGUGCGUAUGGAACGUAGAGGAAGGUGUGUUACUCCAUCGGAUGGCAGGCCAUGGUCAGAAAGUAUACACCGUCGUCAUUGAUCCAGAGCGCCAGCGAUGCAUGAGUGGAAGUAUGGACAGCACAGUACGGAUAUGGGACAUGGAGCAUGGCCACUGUCUCAAGGUGCUCGAGGGCCAUUCAAUCUUGGUCGGCUUACUCGGCUUGACACCUAGCUAUCUCGUAUCAGCAGCGGCAGAUUCAUCACUACGGGUGUGGUCACCGGAUAAUGGUGGGUGCCAGCAUGUGCUCAGUGGACAUCGGGGAGCGAUUACAUGUUUCCAUCAUGACGAGACGAAGGUCAUCUCUGGCUCUGAAGGUGGAUUGAAAAUGUGGGAUAUCAAGACUGGAAGACAUGUCCGGGAUCUCAUCACAGGGGUGAAUGGAGUGUGGCGUGUGGCGUUUGAUCGUCGUCGGUGCGUCGCAGCAGUACACAGGUAGAAUUCUCUUUUACUAUCAGUGACAAGAAAGACUGUACAAAUGAGAAACUAAAUGUGUUGGUCUUCCUAGGGAUAAUAUCACUUCAUUUGA